AAUCGACAUGUGAACGCGCAGGCGGUAGAAAAAGGAAGAAAAGUUAAACGUAAUUCUUUUUGAGCGUUUGUAAGAAAAACAUCCUUGAAAUAACAAGCAGAGACAGACUGCGGCAUAUUGAAUAGCUGACCUCAUAUCCAAAUAUCUUUCACAGUAUUAGUGCUUGACACGUCAUGCCAGAUUCCAGAAUAAAGUAUACGAUUUCCUGUUGAGUUCAUUCUUUCGAACCAGGCACUCGGCAUGAAAUAGUUCAAUCAAUUCUUAUCACAGACGAAAGUGCAAGAAUCAAGAUAACAAAGAAGUAAGAUGUACACUUAUAUAACGACGACUUCUGGUAUCAAGCUGACCAGCUACGGGUAUCUGGAUGAAAAUAUUCUCACUUCGGAAAGCAUCCAUCCAUACGAUGGUAAUUUCGAGCCAAAACGUUGUCAAGUUACUGAAGAGAACCAACUAAAGAGUACAAAACUUUUUGCAUGAUGAAACCACGACAAACUUAAAAGAAUCGAAUGGCACUCGCAGAAGAUCAAUUACGGGCAAUAGAGACAGAUUUAAGCGUUAAGAAGAAAGAGGUGGAGACGUCAUCAAGCAAUUUGAAGUUAAGUAGAAAGGAAAACAGAAUGGGUGCAGUAGUUAAAGCACCAAGAGCCAGCAACGAAUAGGAGUCUAGCGACGGGCCAAAGUAUUGAGGUUUUGAUGUAAAAGAUCAGGUUCAGAGUUAAAAUCGACUGAGUAAGAUUGAGUUCGGCUCAUGACUUCAUCUUUUUACGCAUGCCCAAUGAUGGAAACCAUUUACCAAAGGCGAGCAAGACUAAGUUCAACUCUUGAUGUCUUCUUAUUACGCAUGGCCGAUGGUGGAAAACGAAACACAAAAUUUGCUUCAAAGAUGAACGACUGUUUACUGCAAGGAAAUGUCGAGGAUAGUAGCAUUGCUAUCAGGAACUUCGUUCUAAGAGACACACAAAGGUUGAUGGUGCUUGGAAACAAUAAUAACAUGUUGCAAAUCAGGAACGGAGUAAUGAAUGGCGACAGACAACGUGACAUUCAAGGCUUCCUCGUCAUGGGCAAUAUUGCUGUUAUCAGAAGGAAUUUUGUGAAUGAUGGACGAAGAGAUAGGAUGGAGAAAGAGAUGAUGACCAAAGUCGAGGACGAAGCAGCCAAAAUGCGACGUAAGAUUGUUUUUGGCUGAGAAACCAAAGCAAGAGUCAAAGAAGAAACCUUUAAAGUUCUGUCAGAAAUGUGAUGAAAUAGAUUAUCAAACUUUAUACUUAUAUAUAUAGACCUGUAAACAUAUAUUUAUCUGCGAUAAUUUAUUCUUUAAUUAAAUAUGAUCAAAGCUUAAAUACAAAAUUCUAAUAUGAAGUAUAAGAGUAUAUUGCAAGAAGUUAUUUGAAAAUGAAUAUAGACAGUAUUUGGGCAUAUACCAAAUCAAUGAAUAUCGAGGCGACAAUCACCAGUUGUAAUCUAUAACUGCAAUUUAUGUGAGCUGCCAGAAUAUAAUAAACAGUAUUUAAUUGUUUGCUAUGCUCCAAACUCAUAUUGUUAUGCAUUUAAGCUGAGAUAUUAAUAAAUUUAUAGUAACUGAAUUAAAUAAAAAUAAUUGUUUAACAAAGUAAAACUGAGGAAAAAUCAAAAUGCAUGUAUUUAAACUUCAUUGACGAUGUCUUUCUUAAUUUUCUAUAAGGAUAGUAAUGGAAUCUAGUUACAUAUCAAAAAGAUUGUUAGAAGUUGAGACAAGUGACAUUUGCGUUAAUAAAACGCUUCUAUUUCAUCUGA